UUUUGACCCCAGUGAUGCCAGCCAGAGGGGUGGGUGGACGACUGAGAGCUCCUUAUGGAUCGGGGACAUUGUCCCAUAAAGCAAAACUGUUUAUCUAUUCACAGCAUUUCCGACACCAAAAGUGUGCGUUUUCCAUACCAAGCAAUUCUCCAGUUUUCUAUGGACACUCACUGGAUGUCCCUACUAUUUAAUUCAAAUCUGACCCUAACUAUCUAGAGUUAGCACAGACCCUACAGGUGAAGGUUCAGUUUCAGGAGACUGCUCCCCCAUUUCAGAUGCCAGUUGCACAUCGUGGGUCCUCACACUUAGGGUAACCCACACUUCAGUCUGACUUGACUACAGAUCAGGAGUUCCCAUGGCCUCCUUCUCACACUCAAUAAUUUGCUAUAAUGACCCACAGAACACGUUUACCAGUUUUUUUAUAAAUGAAGCAGGAUUUUAUAAAUGAACAGCUGGAUGAAGAGGCCCAUAGGGUGAGGUCCAAUAGAAUCCCAAGUGCAGGAGCUUCUGUCUUUGUGGAAUGUGCCACUCUCUGGUUGCCCUGGGAUGUGGGACAACAUCACGUGUUGGAAGCCCGCCCACGUGGGUGAGAUGGUCCUCGUCAGUUGCCCUGAACUCUUCCGAAUCUUCAACCCAGACCAAGUCUGGGAGACGGAAACCAUCGGAGAGUUCGGUUUUGCAGACAGUAAAUCCUUGGAUCUCUCAGACAUGAGGGUGGUGAGCCGGAAUUGCACGGAGGAUGGAUGGUCAGAGCCAUUCCCUCAUUAUUUCGAUGCCUGUGGGUUUGAGGAGUACGAGUCUGAGACCGGGGACCAGGAUUACUACUACCUGUCGGUGAAGGCCCUGUACACAGUUGGCUACAGCACGUCCCUCGUCACCCUCACGACUGCCAUGGUUAUCCUGUGUCGUUUCCGGAAGCUGCACUGCACCCGCAACUUCAUCCACAUGAACCUCUUCGUGUCGUUUAUGCUGAGGGCCAUCUCUGUCUUCAUCAAAGACUGGAUCCUCUACGCUGAGCAGGACAGCAAUCACUGUUUUCUCUCCACUGUGGAAUGCAAGGCCGUGAUGGUUUUUUUCCACUACUGCGUCGUAUCCAACUACUUCUGGCUGUUCAUCGAGGGCCUGUAUCUCUUCACCCUACUGGUGGAGACCUUCUUCCCUGAGAGGAGAUAUUUCUACUGGUACAUCAUCAUUGGCUGGGGGACGCCGACGGUGUGUGUGUCCGUGUGGGCUAUGCUGAGGCUCUACUUCGACGACACAGGCUGCUGGGAUAUGAAUGACAACACGGCUCUGUGGUGGGUGAUCAAAGGCCCUGUAGUUGGCUCCAUAAUGGUUAACUUUGUGCUCUUCAUUGGCAUCAUUGUCAUCCUUGUGCAGAAACUUCAGUCUCCGGACAUGGGAGGCAACGAGUCCAGCAUCUACUUGUAA